AUGGCUGAUCCGCUAUCCGUAUCCGCUGCCGUCGCCGGCUUCAUCUCUCUGUCCCUCGAUGUGUCGACUCGCCUUGUUGCAUUCUAUAGGGCCUAUUCGGAUCAAGAUGGUAGCAUCAACCAGGUUGCAGACGACCUAGGCACUCUCGUCACGAUCCUCCAGACCCUACAGCAACACCUCGCCAGUCGCAAGUUUCAACAUGACGAGCAUGCCCUGAUUCGGGCGGUAGAGGGUUACGUGGACAACUGCGAGCUAUCCAUGGAAGAUUUGCAGGACCGCCUUCGAAAGUUUGACAAGUUUAAGAAAACUUCCAAACCUGGCAUCUGGGCAAAGACCAUCUCGGGCGCCCGGCGGCUCGCGUUUCCCUUUGAGCAGACAACCCUCCACAAGCUCAGCGCGGACGUAGAACGAGUAAAGUCAAACAUUGCCUCAGCUUUGGAUCUUCUACAGCAGAAACAUGCAUCCGAUACUCGAGAUGACCUGAAGGACAUCAAGUCUGUGCUGAGCCUGGUUAGGCAUACAGGGCUUUCGCACGCCCUCACGACCUGGCUCAAAGCCCCCGACCCUACCAGCGUAUACCAUGAAAUUUGCAGGAAGAAGCAGGCUGAUACAGGCCGCUGGCUCGUGGCAAAAGGGACCGCCUUCGACAGCUGGCUGACGGCCCCCAACUCCUUGUUAUGGCUCAACGGCUUCGCGGGGACGGGCGAGUCCUUCUUAUUCUGCACCGCAGUUCAGCACGCUUAUCGGCACCGGCGGUCCAAUCCUCGCAUCGGCCUGGCGUUCUUCUUCUUCAGCUUCAGCGACGCCAGCAAACAAACGACUUCGGGCAUGCUCCGCUCGCUCGUCCUACAGCUGUCAGUACAGCACCAGGAUGGGCAUACACGCCUCGAAGCGCUUCACCAGAAAUAUCCCAUUGCAUCGCCACCGGAUGAGGCUCUGAUGGACUGCUUACUUCAAUUUGUCCGAUCCUUCAAUCACGUGUAUCUCUUCCUGGAUGCGCUGGACGAGAGCCCUUGCGACGACCGCAGCGCCCGCGACGACGUGCUCCAGACAAUAUCUAGCAUGCGGAGGUUCAAUGAGCCGGGGCUACAUAUUUUCACGACAAGCCGUGACGAGCCCGACAUUCGAGAGGCCCUAGAGCCCACAGAAGCCCAGGUUGUCAGCUUGAUGAACAAUGAACUUCGUGACAUUGAAAACUUCAUUUCGACACAGUUGAAGGAAAGACGACGCCUGAAGAGAUUCGCAGCGCAACGUGAGUUGAUACAGGCUGAGCUUACCCACCGUGCUCAGGGAAUUUUCCGCUGGGUGGAGUGCCAACUCAAUGCACUCGAAAACUGUCUUACAUCACCAAAGCAGUUGAAGCUGGCUUUGGAGACUCUGCCGUCGUCAUUGAGCGAAACGUACGAGCGUGUGCUAGCAAGCAUCCCGAAAUCCCGAAUCGAACAUGCUAGGCGUGUUUUGACCAUCCUCUGCUGCGCGGAGCAACCAGUGUCAGUUGAAGAAUUAGGCCUCGCCGUCGCUGUGGAAAUACAAGACAACGCAGUAUUCGAUCCGGACAACCUGCUUCCGGGAGCCGAUAUCCUGUCGCUUUGCCCCAACUUCAUCGAGGCGGCCGUUGUGGACCAUGGGGACCGGAGACAAAGGCGGUGGCUCCGCAUCGCACACUUCUCGGUGCAGGAGUAUCUCAAGUCCGAGGCAAUCGGCAGCUGGGACCAUCGGGCGAGAACCUUUCGUAUCGACAAAAGCCGAGGGAACUCAGAGCUAGCCACCAUUGGUUUAAUCCUUCUACGAGAGAAUUCGAAACUUGGCUCACAAUCCCGUUCUUGGUACGAUCCAAUCUUCCGGUGGGAGACGUUUCCACCGUACUUGAUCCGUAACUGGAUGACACACUACAAGAAUGUGAGCAGUCGUUCUGACCGCUCUCUUGCCACGAGCCUCGUUAUCCGGCUCUUGAAGGACAAACUUGCCUUUGCGACGGCUCUCCUACUGCAGAAUAGCCAUUUCGCCGAUUACGAAGACGCUGCGGUGCCUUGGGCAGCGGAGCACGGGCUUGAUGAUGUCUUGAUUGCCCUGCUCGACAGCCCGUUCGCCGGCCGAAAUGUUGGCACAAGCCGUGACAGGCUACUUGUGAGAGCUGAGAUUCUAGAUCUGGCACUUCACGCGGCAGCACUGAACGGCCAUCUGUCAACUAUUGACGCGCUUCUCAAGAGAGGGGCUGACCCUAAUGGGAUCGUUACGGAAGUAGCCCCCUUCGAGGCAGCUGCGAUUUGCGGCUUCAGGGAAAUAGUCACAUUUUCAGUGGAUAAUGAGCCUGUGCUAGGUCCCAAGGUGGCAUGUGACACGCCCCUGGAAGUGGCUGCGGCCAGAGGUCACAUCAGCGUGGUGGACUUCUUGCUCAACCGACUUGCGACCGUCAAACGGACUGGACAGAGCCUACGAGUCGGCGUUGAUAGCAGCUUCUUGGGGCAGUCGUAUCAACGUCUGGAGCUUUUACUCGACAGCGGCGCCGAGGUCCACAACGAUAGACAGCACCGAACUACUCUUGAAGUAGCGAUAGACGCAGGAAACGUAGAGGUCACUCGGAUGCUACUAGGCAGAGGUGUUCGCAUCUUACCUCCAGGCUACACGCACAUGGACUUUGUAACCGCUGUUUCCACCGGAGAUGACGAGACGGUCCGCGCUAUCCUCGACAGCACCAGCGAGGAGACGGCGCACAGCAUAUUUGGGUCCGUGCUUACAACCUUUUCACUUGAAGGCGACGCGGAUAAGGUGAGAGCAAUGCUUGGCCUGGGCCAGGGCAUAUCAUGGAACUCGACAGCUCUCCACGCAGCGUGCUUCAUGGGACACGACGAGGUGGCUAAGAUCCUCUUGGAAGCCGGCGAUAUGACUAUGGAGACACUCUACAGAGGGUUCAGCCCGGUCCAGCAGGCAUGCCACGGAUGA